CCUCACGACGACUCGGUAAGAAGAGCCAGACUCUCCUUUUUGAGGUAAGAGCUAGCAGCGGGCUCUCAACAUGGAGACUCUACCGAUACAGAGUCCCGUGCUGCACGCCGAGUCGCCGCUUCCCUUUGCCCUCCUCGCCGCUGGCCCAUCGCCCCACCAAGCUCUCGCAUCGUACCUUUCAGCCUUUGCAGCCACGGAGGCGUCGUCAACGGCCAACUAUGACCCUUUCGUCUCGCCGGCGUUUUCGGCCCUUCGCCUUGCACCGGCCAGUCUGUUGCUUGUUGCCUUGCUGCUCCGCUUCGUGCCUUCUUGGCAUCACUGGGCACCUCGAAUUGUCGUGCGAGCUUUCGAGGUCCUCUCACCCUUCGUCACCGACGACGAUCUCAUCGAGGUCGACCAGCAAAGGUGGAACGCAGAGGCACAACGCGACUCAAGGCGAGGGCCAAGCUACCUCCUGCGGCGGGGAGCAAUUCUUGAUCAAGACUUCGACGUUGCACAGUACGACGAUGGGAUCGGCUUCGAGAAGCAGAGGAGGCGAAAUGCGGCCAUAAGCACGAUUGCAUUGGUCGAGACCACAGCCUGGACUUCGCUGGCGGCCUACACCUUCUCACAAAACCUCGAGCAACCUUCUCAGACAAGAAUCUUCUUCUCGCCUGCAUUCAUCAGCACAUCAUGGGCUUUGACGUGGCUCUUUGUCUUGCUGCGCUUCUUCGUCUCGCCGCCAAUGACGCCGCCGCUCUUCGUGCUGCUUGUAACCCUUCUCCAACUGAUCAACGCGGCGGUGCGCCUCCUCGAAUUCCUCCCACUCUAUGUCGGAAGCCCGGGUGAUUUGCCUUGGGCCAGCAUCGUGGCAGACACUAUCGAUCUUAUCGCCUGCCUCACGGUCGUUCAGAUUAUCCUUAGCAUGCCCGUCCACGCUGGUGGAAUCCAUUCACAGGUGCCUAGACGUGAGAGGCAAAGAUUAGUGACGGGAGAGGUAGUAGAAGAGACGGAAGACAUCAAGAAGGACUACGAACUCUGCCCCACGACGCCCGAAGACUACGCAUCGCUCAUCUCAACUUUGACGUACACCUGGAUGCACCCAAUCCAGGCCCUAUCGCUCAAAAGACCGCUGCUACCCGCCGAUGUCUGGAGGCUAAGGAGCAUCAAUGACACGAGGAUCCUCUCGGCUAAUUUUGCAAAGACAGCAUAUGUUGACAACGACGAGGCCGGCGCCGAUGGCAGAAGGGAAAAGAGGUCGCUCCGACGCAGGCUGUUGAUCGCCAAUGCAAACGACAUUGCUCUUGACUUCUUCUACAAGAUCUGUGGCGUAACACUUGCCUACGCUGGCCCGGCGCUUAUGAACCAGAUCCUGCAGUGCGUCACCGAUGCCGCUGCGGCCGAGCAGCAGACCGGCUUUUGGGUGCUCACCGCCGACGGUUUCACCCGCCCGGUGAAAGACGCGGCAAAGCUUGAUACUCAGGCUGUAUGGACGCCACGGCAGAAGGCCUUUGUCCUUGCGCUCGUUUCUCUGGUCUUCACCUUCAUUCGUUACGUGGCCGAGCUCAAAAAUUUCCAUCACGCAAGGCAAGUUGGCCUUCGUCUGAGGAGCAUUCUCGUCGUCGAAAUGUUUGAGAAGGCCCUCAAGCGGAGGAACAUUAGUGGAGGGUCGUCUGACGAAGGUGGGAAAGAUGGGAAACGAAGCGUCUCGACGGCAUCAUCGGCACAGGAGAGUGACAGUCGCGAAGUAGACGGUGAUGGGGAGGAGGAGGAGGAGGAGGAGGAGGAAGAGCACGAAUCUGCACCUUUGCUCGGAAGUAACGGCAAAGAGAACGGGAAAGCCAAGAAGACCGAACAUAUCAAGGAUAUUAGGAAGCGAGAAGAAGAAGACAAGGAAAAGGAUGAAUCGUCUCGACAAGCCGAUGUGGGCAAGGUCGUCAACAUGAUGGCCAGCGACAUUAAUCGACUUCUCCGAUUGGGUUGCGACAGUCACCAAUUGUACGGCGCGCCCCUCGAGCUUGUUAUUUCGACGGUGUUCCUUUACCGUCUCAUGGGCUGGUCGUCUAUCGUCGGCUUUCUCCUCAUGGCCCUCGCCACGCCUAUGACCUAUUAUCUAGGCAAAAAGUUGACAAAACUGCAGCGAGCGUGGAAGGAAGCAACGGACCGGCGUAUCUCCCUUGUUGCUGAACUCAUCACCGCGAUCCGAUUUGUUAAGCUACAGGGCACCGAGGAGCGGUGGAAGGAGCGUGUUCUCGAGUCCAGACGCGUUGAGUUGCACAAGCUCCUGGCCCAGCGUCUUUCGUCGCUUGGCCUCACCGUGCUCUUCGUCGCGAUGCCCAUCACCUGCGAGCUCGUUACAUUCUACAUUUACGUCGUUGUCCAGGGUCGCGCAAUGACGGUACCCGUUGCCUUCACUGCCAUCACCCUCUUCGAGAUGGCAAGAACGCCUCUAAGCACCAUUCCGACGUUUAUCAUGAACAUUCUCGAGUCCAUCGUCAGUGUUCGUCGUCUCGAAGCGUUCUUGAGCGAGGAAGAGGUCGAGGAUGCCAUGUCGUCGCUCAAAGCAAGAGCCAACAAUGCAAAUCAGCAUCGAUCUACAUCAGAAGUGGGAAGGGCACCUCUGCGAGUGCUCAACGGCCACUUCUCGUGGAUCAAUCCCGCCGAGGUCAAGGCCAAUCAAAAACCCUUCAGCCUGGUCGACAUCAGUCUUUCUUUCCCAACGGAUGGGCUCAGUGUCAUCGUUGGCCCCACCGCCUCAGGCAAGUCGAGCAUGCUAGCGGCUCUCCUGGGUGAAAUGAAGCGCGACUCGGGCACUGUCGAACUGGAGCGAUUCUCUUGCAUGGGCGAUUCACUGGUCUCUUUUGCUGGGCAGACGCCGUGGCUCGAAGCCGGCAAGAGCAUCAAAGCUAACAUCACUUUUGUCACACCUUUCGAUGAGGAGCGAUAUAACAAAGUCUUGGACGCCUGUGCGCUAAGAGACGAUCUCGGCGAACUCGAAGACGGUGAUGAGACCCGUGUGAGCAAAGAGACGCUGUCGGGAGGGCAGAAAGCUCGACUUUGCCUGGCUAGGGCCCUCUACCAUCGCAGUCACACCGUUCUCCUCGAUGACGUUCUGGCGGCUGUCGAUACAAGAGUUCAACGGUACCUCUACCAACGAGCUCUAACCGGCCCUCUCGCGCAAAAUCGCCGCGUCAUUCUAGUAACACACCAUCUCCAUCUUGUCUUGCCCAGCGUCGACUAUCUCGUCAUCCUUCGUCAAGGUCAUAUCGAGGCAGCAGGUACUGUCGAAGAAGUAAGGAGCAAAGGCCAUGACCUGGAAACUAUCACUUCGUCCGUCGACGAUGAUUCACAAGAGGCUAAAACCAAGGAAGACGACUCCACCAAAGAGAAAGAUGAUAGUAAAGCUAAAGGGGAAGUGAAGAAGGACAGCGAGGGCAAGGACAAGAAAGCCCGGCUUUUGUACGACCUGGAAAAGCGCACAGAAGGCAACGCACGCUUCAAGUCCUAUUGGCUCUACAUCAGUGUCAGCAACUACUGGGGUUGGGCCUUCUUGAUGCUUCUCUCGGUCCUGGUUCGCUUGCUCAAGGCGGGAGAACCAUACUGGCUCAAGGUCUGGGGCGAAGCGUCUCAACGGACUCGGCAGUCCAUGCUUGGGAUUAUGCCCGACUUUCCGCCGGCAGAAGGUCACGAGUUCUUCUACUUGAGUGUCUACGCCUCCAUCGGAUACAUUUACGUUGCCAUCAUCUCCGUCCGCUUCAUCUUCCUCUACGUCAUUUGUCUCAAGGCGUCUAAAAUUCUCUACGACCGGCUCCUCUCGCGAGUCUUGCGAGCCCGCAUGCGCUUCUUCGAUUCGAAUCCAACGGGCAGAAUCCUCCAGCGCUUCAAUCUUGAUAUCAACAUACUUGAUUCAGUCCUCCCGUCCACCAUCAUCUAUUUCAUUGCCUUGCUACUGGCUUUUCUCAGCCAGCUCAUCAUCGUCGUCGUCAUCGUUCCCGGAUUCUUGAUACCCGCCGGGCUGGGCAUGGCGCUGACCAUCUGGGGCGUCCAAGGCUACUUUCGCAGCACGAUGUAUAUGCAGCGCAUCGAAAGCACCUCGACUUCACCUCUCUACACCGCUUUCACCCAGAUCCUGGAGGGCCUCACAACGGUGCGGGCGUUUGGAUCUGAGUCGUACUUUCUGGAUCACAUGCAGACAAUUAACGCCAUCACCUCUUCACAAUGGUGGGCUAUAUGCACAAUCGAGGUCUGGCUUUCCUUUCGGGCGCAGGUGGCCUCUGGGCUGAGUGUCUUCGUGGCGACGACACUGGCACUUUCCGGAGCCGUAUCGCCCGGCUCGGCAGGCAUGGUGAUAUCGGCCGCAAGCCUCUUGACGACGUUCGCCUACAAUCUCACGUCGAUGUACAAGAAUCUGAGCAACCACACCAACUCUCUCGAGCGCGUCGCAGAAUACAUCGAUCUGGAUCAAGAGGCGCCUCUGAAAGUCGAAGGUGCGGCCAUUCCCGCAGCAUGGCCAACGAGCACCGGUGGAAUCCUGGUCGAGAAUCUAAGGCUAAGGUACGCAGACGAUCUGCCAGAGGUACUUCACGGCGUCUCGUUUGAGGUCAAGCCCAGGGAGAAAGUGGCAAUUGUCGGCAGGACAGGAAGUGGGAAAACGUCACUUACGGCGGCCCUUUUGCGCGCGGUCGAGCCCUCCAACAAGAUCGGCGGGAUCAAUGGUGAUGGAGAGGCAAAAAUUGUCAUCGAUGGAAUAGACGUGCUGCGUUGCGGACUCGAGUAUCGAGCAAGGCUGGCUGUCGUCCCGCAGGAUCCGGUCCUCUUCUCGGGAACCGUGAGGGAGAAUCUAGACACGUUUGGAGAGUACUCGGACGACGAAUGUCGUGCGGCCCUGCUUCAGGUUCAAGGCUCUUCUCUUCAAACAACGUCCACCUCAUCAGCUUCCUCCUCUCCUUCCCCUUCUACUCCGAUGCAAGUUGACGUCGAUGAUGCGCCUGUCUCAGAAGUCGUCCCUGGGCAGCUGCUCGAGCUCGGCACUGUUGUCGCUCCUGGCGGUACAAAUUUCUCUGCUGGUCAGGCUCAGCUCCUGUCCCUCGCCCGCGCCCUGCUGAAGCAGAGCAAAGUAGUCAUUCUCGAUGAAGCGACGAGUUCGACGGAUUUCGAGACGGACGCACGCAUCCAAGAAGCCAUCCGAGGACUCAAGGAUAGCAUCAUUCUCACAGUUGCGCAUCGCCUGGGCAGCGUCAUUGAUUAUGAUCGGAUCUUGGUCCUGUCGAACGGCAACAUCGUCGAAUUUGACACCCCCGCGAACCUCCUCCGAAAUUCUGAGGGUCAUUUCAACAUGCUUUGUCGUCAAGCUGGCCAGACGACGUAUCACCAGCUUUGUACUGCAGCAGGCGUUGAGCCGAUCUAGCCUGUUCGCCUGACGAGGCGGCAUCGCGCCUACUACAGCUUGCACAAACACUGUUGAAGAUAGAUGAAUGAGGGGGAUCAUUGACGGGUGGGCAAGGGUUAUCUGAAGCCUAUGAGUAUAGAAACACCAAUGAAGACACAAGAGUAAUAGAAACGAAUUGAGCCAUGGGCAAGGCAGCCUCCGAAAGGCAACUA